AUGUCCGUCCAUGCAGCCACCUGCGAGAGGAAGAGUUGCUCCGCCUGCCUCUGCCCGUCCCCUUCGCUCUCCUCUCGCCACGGGACACACCUGGCGGACGCGCCCUAUACCUGCCUAGGGCCACCUGGCUGGCAGCCCGCAGCGGGUGGCCCGCCCAGUUCGGGUCGCUGGGGCUUCCCCUUGGCCAAUGAGGAAGAGGGAGCCUCCGGGCUCGGGCAGCGUCCGGCCGAGCGGCCAAUGGGAGGGCGGCAUGCAAAUGAGCAGGUGCGGUGGCGGACAGCCCGUCAAGACUGUCCGGGCUCCCGGGAUGUUAGAGGAGAGUUGGGCUGCCGCCGAGCAGAAGUCCGGGCUUCCAGCUGCGAGCUCCGGUCUCCCGCCAUGGCCCCCGCUCCGCCCCCCGCCGUGUCCUUCUCGCCCGCCGAGGUCCAGCGGCGCCUGGCGGCCGGCGCCUGCUGGGUCCGCUGCGGGGCCCGCCUCUACGACCUCACUGGCUUCGUGCGGCACCACCCGGGGGGCGAGCAGCUGCUGCGGGCGCGGGCUGGCGAGGAUGUUAGCGCCGACCUGGACGGGCCGCCGCACCGACACUCGGCCAACGCGCGCCGCUGGCUGGAGCAGUACUACGUGGGCGAGCUGAAAGGAGACCCUCAGGGCUCUGUGGAGAAUGGGACUGUGACCUCUGCGAACACUCAAAAGACAGACCCUUGGAUGGAACCAAAGCUCAAAGCAAUGGAUUGGGACAAGGAUUUGGUAGACUGGCAGAAGCCCCUACUGUGGCAGGUAGGCCACUUGGGAGAGAAGUAUGAUGAGUGGGUCCACCAGCCAGUGAUCAGACCCAUCCGCCUCUUCCACUCUGACCUCAUCGAGGCCCUCUCCAAGAGUGUCUGGUACAAUGUCCCCAUCAUCUGGAUGCCCCUGAUGCUGUACUUCAGUUGGUCCCACUACCGAACCCUCGCUCAGGGCAACGUUCGACUCUUCGAGUCCUUCAGCACAGAGUACUCUGUGGCCCUGCCGCAGUCCGCGUUCCCGGGCUUCUUCGUGAUGGGGGUGCUCCUCUGGAGCCUGCUGGAGUACCUCAUCCACCGCUUCCUGUUCCACAUGAAGCCCCCCAGGGACAGCCAUUACCUCAUCAUGCUGCACUUCGUCCUGCACGGCCAGCACCACAAGGCACCCUUCGAUGAAUCCCGCCUGGUCUUCCCCCCCGUACCGGCUUCUCUGGGUAUUGCCUUCUUCUACAUCAUUCUACGGCUCCUCCUCCCUGAGGCGGUGGGGGGCAUAAUGUUUGCUGGGGGCCUCCUGGGCUACAUCAUCUACGAUAUGAUCCAUUACUACCUACACUUCGGCUCGCCACACAAGGGCUCCUACCUGUACAACAUGAAGGCCUACCACGCCAAGCAUCACUUUGCACAUCAGAAGUCAGGAUACGGCAUCAGCAGUAAACUUUGGGAUCACUUCUUCCACACCCUCAUACCGGAAGAACCCCACCUGAAGAUGCAAUGA